AAGCGGAUAUGGGAGACGGAACCUUUUCAGGAACGCACCGUCCGCCAUGUAGGACAGCGAAUACGUUAACACGGAAGAAAGACAGUUGUUGUGGUUCAGCCCGUCGGACUCUUGAUUUAAGUUUCUGUUUUGUCUUUAAAAUGCGCCCCGAACCUUCAGACACAGCGGGCUGAGUUCAUCAUCCGACUGGAUCAAAAUGGAGGCGAGGUUCGGCAGCGAGGUGGCGACAGUCGUUGAAGUCGCCAUUCAGGCGACGGUGUCUGUUUUCAGGGAUGUCUGGGCGAAAGAGGCGCCAAAUACGGAGUGGGACGAGGCGAAGGUGGGCGAAAUCCAGGAGAUAGAGAAGUGUCUGGUGGUUCAGAUCCACAAAGUGUUCACGGAGUUCUCCUCCGAACUGUUCGAGGAGAACGAGGCUCUGCGGGCCAAAGUGGAGCAGCUGGAGGAUGUGCUGCAGAGGAAAGCCGGGCAGCUGGAGCAGGAGCUGGAGGCCAGAGUGGGUCAGCUGGUCCGAGAGAUGGAGCAGCUGGAGAACGAGCUGAAGAGCAUCCGUGAAGGCAGCAAGCCGGGGUCCGGCCCGACCCACAUCCUGCUGCAGGACGGGUCCAUGAUAGGAUCACCAGAGUUUUCUGCCUCCACUGAUCAAGCUGCCCCUCAGCCUCCUGCGAGUGAAUCCACCUCGGACCCUGCUCCGAUUUCAUCAGGAAGCACAGAAGCAGCUCCCAGCUCCACAGCUGCAUCCGUGACCGUCCCCAGACCUUCGACAGCUCCGAUGAUGUUUGUUGGCGCAGUCGGCUCUGCUCCCACCAUGUUGUUGGUCGGUGCCAGCCAAGUCGUCACCCAGGCCCCCAGGCCACCGACAUCUGUGUCCGAUCCAACGGGAGCAACACAGCUCGUCCUCAAACCAGCAACCUCACCGGGGUUUACGCCUCAAGAUGCCCCCAGUCCAGACUCCAGCACCGCCAGUGGUGUCGACUCGACACAGAAAUCUGUGGAGGAGGCAACUCCAGGGAAAUCAAAGAGGAUCAGGAGACCAACUUCUAAACUUAAAGAAGUUUACACUGACAACAGCACCCAGGAGAACCAAAUCAAGUCCGGUGGGGCGCAGAGAAGACGGAUUAAAAAUAAAGAGUCAGAGACAGUGAACCGGUUCUCCUGCGAGUACUGUGCUGCAAGUUUUCCUUGGAAAGCUGAAUUGAAGAAACACGCGAAGCUCCACCAGAUGCCUUUCCCCUGUGAGCAGUGUGGCAGAAGUUUCCUGGAAAAGAAGUCUCUGGAGAAUCACCUUAUACGUCACGAGACACGUAAAGCCCCGCUGCCCUUCCCCUGUCCUCGGUGUAAAAGAUCGUACAGAAAAGAGGAGUCGCUUCAGAAUCACCUCAAGCGUCACCAGAGGUCGAAACCACCAAAGCCAUUUGCCUGUGAUCAGUGUGGGAGAACAUUCAGAAUCCAGCAGUCUCUGGAAAACCACCUCAUGCGCCAUGAGAAGUGGAAGCAGAUGAUUAAGUGUGAGCAUUGUGACCGGACUUUCAGGACGUCGGUGCUGCUGAAAUGUCACAUGUCCGUGCACUCUGAAGAAAGGCCAUUCAGCUGUACGAUAUGUGGGAAGGAGUUCAAGAGUAAAGACACCCUUCGCUUCCACCAGAUGGUUCACACGAACACCAAAAAGUACAAAUGCACGAUGUGCGAAGAGACGUUCAAAUACGCCCACUCCCUGACUGUUCAUAAGAGGAAACACACAGGCGUCACUCCGUUCAUCUGCACUGUGUGCAACAGGUCAUACAGGACUGGCACUGCUCUGAAAAGACACAGCGUGGUCCACACCGGGGAGAAACCGUUCACCUGUCACAUCUGUGGAGCGAGGUUCAGCCUCAACAACAACCUCAAGAGACACAUUCGCAUUCACACAGGAGAGAAGCCGUUCAUCUGCCAGGAGUGCGGCAAGAGCUUCUCGGACAACACCAAGCUCAAGUCCCACAUGCUGAUCCACGGUGCCAGAAAACCCUUCAUGUGCGACCUGUGCGGGAAGACUUUCCUCUUCAACUGCAGGCUGCUGAUACAUCAGAGGUACGUGCAUUCGAACAGGGGCGAGGAAACAGACGACACGCACAGAUUUUUACAGACUAGAAGGCGAAACAAGUCUUUGGUUAAGCCAUUCAGCUGCAAGAUCUGUCUGAAAGGUUUCAGCACCGCAGGUUCUCUCAAGCUUCAUGAAAAAGGCCACAGUGAGCACAAGGAGUUCAACUGCGCCAUCUGUGCGAAGUCUUUCCACAACAAGUACUCGUUCGCUUAUCAUCAGAGGAGCCACGCAGGGGAGAAGCCCUGCGUUUGUGAGGUGUGUGGGAAGAGGUUUUUCCAUACUGGCAGUCUGAAGCAGCACGAGCGGAUUCACACCGGCGAAAAACCGUACAAAUGUGACCAGUGCGGCAAGGCCUUCAGAACAGACGGAAACUACUACAGACACCUGCGGAUCCACACGGGAGAGAAACCGUUUGAAUGUAUGUACUGUCACAGGAAGUUCCACCAAUCAAAUCAGCUCAAGUCCCACAUGCAGAUCCACACUGGGCAGAAGCUGUACGCGUGUCCGCAGUGUGGCCGAGGCUUCUCCGACUCCAGGCAGCUCAAGAAGCACAGCUGUGACGGCUCGUAGGUGACGUGAUGCUGCGGCGUGUUGUCCACCAGAACACUCAGAAAUGUCGCUAAUAUGUUGUGUUAAGGGAAACUUCAGAGCGCUCAAAAUAUGAAAAGCUGAUAGAAUUCACUUAAUUUCCUAGACAGAAAAAUGUGUCUAUUCAGAUGAAAAUAUGCUCAGUUUUUGCAGUCAUUAAAUGGAAAAAAAAAACAAAACAUUUGCUCGUGAUGACUCCAGUGGAAAAUAGAUGCUUGUCUUCAUAUUAACUUUUAGCUUUUGUUUGGACUGUUGGUCAAAUAAGGAGAUUUAACACAGAGUUAAGACAUAAAUCAGACGUAAGUUUUACAGUAUUUAAUUGUAAACGUAGUUCAGGUGUGUUUUUCUUCUUCGGCUAUUAAAAACAUUAAAAACACAGAUACUACUGCUGGAUUUAAAAACAAAUUUAAUUUGAAAAUCAUAAAGCUACAGAUGAAAUGAGGUAUUGAGAGAACGAUACCUCUAUAAAAGUAUUGAAGGUAAUAAAUGCCUUAUUGUUAGGUUCAUACUUUGAACACUUGUUUUAGGACUUAGUGUCAGUUGCUGAGAGAACUUUUU